AUGCAAAACAGUGAGAUAAACAAAUUUUUAAGUGCACCAUCGAGAAAUGGUUUACUUAAUAACAGUCUGACAAGUUUACACACACCGAGAGAAACACAAGCGUCAUCUGCCGAUUUUAUACGAAAUUUGCGACGAAAAAGCAUAAUUCCCACUCCAAAUCGACCUCAUAAACUCUUACAUUUUUCGAGAAUAUCUACGAAUGAAGAAGAGGAACAAAUAAUAACGCGAGCAGAAGAAGAACCACAAAAUGACGCGGAAGAAGUUGAUGAACAACCACCUGCCGCUUCUUCAGUCAUAACAGUCGAAAAUAAGAUAAGACAAAUUUCUUCUACAUUAAAAAAGGAUGAAACUCCAGUGAUUAAUCAAGAAGAUAAUUGUAAUCAUGAGUUUGACUCGUUUAUUUUGUCAAAUUUUGAACAAUUUACGGGAAAGCAGGAUGUUUUAACCUGGUUGUAUGAAGUAGAAGCCAAAUUCAAUAGUUUAAAGGUUAAUCGAACCUUUCGAUACGACGCAGUCCCUCUUCUUGUAUCUGAGGAAGCAAAACAUUGGUAUAUAAAGAAUCGUAAACAUAUAGAAUCUUUCGACGAUUUUUAUGAAUUAAUUCUUUUGGAAUUCCAUAAAGAUAAUUUAAUAUUUAUGGAUCCAAAACACCGUUCAACGACGGUACCUGGUCUAGGUGCGGCCAGUUUUUCUGGCGAGAUACCCGAUUCUCGACCGGCAACCACGUUGACGGCUGUUAAGCUUAGUACCGAGCCCACUUCAAUCAUUAUUCCGUCAACACAUAUAACAUCUUUAAGCACCCCUUUGACUACACCUCUAACAGAACAAACUACAAUUGAUUUACGUAGAGCAGUAUUGGAGAAUUUAGUAAAAAGUCCGAAAACUUUUAGUGGAGGAAAUAACGACGUGAAGAAAUGGCUAGAAGAAUUACAAAAUACAUUCGAUAUAGCACAUAUUCCUGAUGAUAAUAAAUUAAAUAUUAUUUCGUAUCAAUUAAAAGGCGAAGCUUUUAUAUGGUACAAUGAAAAUAAAAAAUAUUUCACUUCAUGGGAUAAUUUCGUAGAAUUGAUUCAAAAGGCUUUCACUUCUUCUUUCUCCGCUGAUAUUGCGUUCAGUAAAUUAGAAACAUAUACACAAACACACAAUCAAUCAGUGAGAAAUUAUUAUACAGAGAUGAUGAAAUUAUGUAAAGAAGCUGAUCAGACUAUGAGUGAUACAACGAAAUUGAAAUAUUUAUUAUCAAAAAUGAAAAGUAGUUUACAAUUCGAAGUGCGUAUGAAAAAACCGACAAAUCCGCAAGAAUUUUUGCAUUAUGCACAAGAAAUAGAAGCACUAGUACAACUAUCGUCGCUAACAACUAAUAAUAAUAAUCAAUCAUCGAUAACAGUAACAGCUUCAACCACAACUUCCGCUCCAAUGCCUCCAUUUGUUUCGAAUACUAAUCUACUCUCACCAACACCGCGGCCACCGUUUAAUGAUAACUAUAGAAAUAAUUAUAAUUCUCCGUAUCGUUCCUCUUUUCGUCAAUCCGUACAACCACAACGAUAUUCUUUUCACCCACAACAAUUUUAA